UAUAUAAAUUUCACGAGUUUCAAGGCACAUAUGAUUCUGUUUCUCUUUUGAAAAUUGAAAUCAAAUAGAUUUCAUUCCAACUUCGCAAAAUCUAAAAUCUCUCCGGUAACUGACCAAUUCACCCAUGGAAGAGUCACAACCACCACCACCGCCACCACCGCCUCCAGUUUCGCCGAUGACUAUCGACGGUGCCGAGAAAGACAUAGUAUUCGCUAACUCGGCCGUGUUAUCUCGGCGCGAGGUUCUGACUCGUCGACUUCGCCGAGUCAAACAACUCGCUCGCUGUUACCGGCGUCACUACUGGGCUUUAAUGGAUGAGGUAAAAGCCAAGUACAGAGACUAUUACUGGAUUUACGGGAAGAGUCCUUUCAAAGAAGAUGAAGAAAACCCCAACGGUGUCGUUUUGGGGGAAACGGCAAAUGGCACUGAAAAUGGUUCUGCUGUCGGUGAUGAUUUCGUUCGUUGCGCUUAUAGUGGAUGCAAAACAAAGGCUAUGGCUCUCACUAGGUUCUGUCAUGCGCAUAUUUUGUCUGAUUCGAAGCAGAAGCUUUACCGGGGAUGCACCGCCGUGGCUAAAAAUUUGCCAACAGGGCCAUCCUACUGUAAUAAGCCAGUAUUGAGGUCCAUGGUUCCCUGUGCAUGCCCUGCUCAUUACCAAUUAGGUGAAAAGUGCUUGCUUCGUGCAGUAAAAAGGGCAGGUUAUAAUAUCUCAGUUAAUGGUAAGCCUAGUCCAAAUUUCCAUGAAUUAGUUCCUGAAUUUGUCCGCCAAAUUCAAAAUAGACGAAGAGCUGCUCGUAGGGCAAUGCUACCUAAACCUGAGACUGAAUAAACAAAGAUUAUGCUGCUGAUUAUUGGAAAUAUUAUUGAUUCAUUGAAGACAUUGCACAGUAUAUAGUGAGGGCAGGUUACAAUAUCUGAGAAAGAGUUAUGACUUGGUGUUGACUGUUGAAGCAUCAAGUGUCAAUAAGAAAUGUACUUAGAUACAUGUAAAUUGUGAGUAUUCUAGACAUGUCCUUAAAUUUUGCGUUUCUUUAUUCUUGCUCAGUCAUUUUAUUGGCACCCUAUGAGCAGCGUCAUAAAUCAUAAUACAUUAAAUUAUUGCUUGUUAUUCAUAAUAGGAAUUUGUUGGUACGGAUUGGGAUUUUUAUCCUAAAAUUCUUGAUGCUUAUAUGUUAAAGUCAUUAACUUUAGUA